CGGAAAAGAGAGAAAAAGUUGCCCGCUCUCAGCCAUCGGAAACCCUCGAAACAUAGCCAGCCAAGGAGCCCUUCUUCUUCUUCCCCAAAAGCUCUGCGAUUCACACAAGCUCUCCUCUCUCCCAAAAAAAAUGAAGAGAAAGACAAGCGGACUAGAUUCUGAUGUCUCCGAGUCGAUCGAUGAUGAAUGGUUUGAUGCUAAUAUCAGCCGGUUAAAGUCCAUGUUAGAGGAAAAUCGGAAGUUCAAUAAGAAGAACGAAGAGACUAUAUCGAGUUUGAUGUCUCAGAUCGAGUCAAUGGUUGAUGAUUUGAAGUCGGAACAUGAGAAGAAUAGUCAAUCUCUUGUGACGUUACUUCAACAGAGUUUUGGAGAAUGUGAAAAUAGCGGGAAUGCAGCCGCCAAGUUCCAUGAACUUAAUGAGAAGUGUUGCGAGGAUAAAGCUUCUCAUCAGCAAGCCCAUUUGCAGGCUUUAAAUGAUAUUAUUUCCAAAUUUGAGGAGGAGAAGGAAAGGCUCUUCAUUCAAUAUGAACAAAUAAGAAAGAAGGAGAAGUCUAUGUUAUCCGCAAUUGCUAGUGAGGUUGCUAAACUGGAUAAGUCCUUGAAAAUACAAAAAGUGAUUGAAGGAGAAUUCGACAUGUUGCUGCAAGAACUUUGCUUAUGUCCGUGAACGCCUUAGGUUCCCACCGUAUGGUAGUGCCUAAUAUAAUUGUGCUUGAAGCACGAAACUGGACAUUUUUCCAUGUCUUUCAAACAUGAAGAUUUUGGGUUUGGCGACAUUAACAAGCUAUCAUAAAUUAUAAAUAAGAAAAGGACAUUGUAUAACCUCUCACUUUGCACUUCCAACGUCGGACAUGUAAUUAUGUAAUUAUGGUAGUGCCUGAUAAUUGUGCUUGAAGCACAGUGCCAGACAUUCUUUUGUGUCUUUCAACAUGAAGAUUUAGGGCCAGACUUAGUUCUUGUUGCAAGGCAAUUUAGCAGUGGUGGCGCACGUUUCUCCUUC